AUGAUCCCAGCGUGCUCAUGGUUGAGUCGUUUGGUCACAAGGUGGGCGUCCAGCUUCGCGUUCAAUGUAACAGCCCUCCGCGACUUGUCAUCAUCGCGUAAGCCACAGCCCAUAUCGCAGAUCACGUGCCAAGUGCAUAAUGUUCGAUUACGAGGCACGGCCAGUUGGGGGACAAUGAUCAGCCUGAACAAGUGUGGAGGAAUGGCGGGCGUUCCCGACCCUCGAGCCACGAUUCAUUGGAAAUACCUUUAUGUGGUUCAGCAGGGUUCAACGCGGGAGCGGUUUCUAGGACGCACGGAAACGGCCCUUGGAACAGACACGUGGCGAUCUCCAGAGGUUUCGACAUGGACUGCGGGGAGUGCGACUGCGUAA